AUGGAUUGGUCGAAUGAUGAUGUUUCGAGAUGGUUGAUCGAUAACGAAUUUAGUAAAUAUGUAGCUAAAUUUAAAGAAGAAGAAAUCGAUGGAUUAUCUUUAUUAAAUUUAAGUCCAACAUCGAUUGAGGAAUUAUUAUCAAUCAUUACCGACGAUAAUGUGAUAAAAAAACCAACUAUUGGGCUUAAAACAACAUUUAAUAAAAAACUCAUACAAUUAAAAGAAAACGUUUUUUCGAAUCAUAAUACAAUUAUGACAUUAAAUGAAAAGCAAUCUGAUAUACUGAUUGAACAAUUACGCACAAAUCAAUCAAAUAAUUUAUCAUUUUUCGAUGAUUUUCGUAUUGAUAAUGAUAAUGAUAGUAUUGAUCAGCAACACAGUUUAACAAUAUCGAGUUCAGAUUUAAAUACAUCAAGUUCAUCUUUCGAUCAAAUUCCAACAAUAACAACUUCUCCAUUAUCUCGUGAAGUAUUACCUGAUCGAAUAAUCAAUCAAACAUCGAGUGAUAGUGCAGCAAAUUCGUUACCUCAAUUAAGAAAAAAAUUUCCAUUAAAUUAUGUACUUCCAUCAUUUAGUAGAGCAUUUGUAGAAGCUGCUGAAGAUCCAUCAUUAGCUAAUUUUGGACCACGAUGUACAAUGAAACAACAAUUAGUUAAAACAAUUCGUGAUGAUGUAGUAAAUACGUAUGGUAUUGGCUUUUAUCCAACAGCAUAUGAAUUUGAUCGAAUGGUAGUAAGUGUUAAAAAUAAAAUUCCAACACUCACUAAAAUAUUUGGUGAAGAUAUGAGUGUAUUAACAUCUGCAUUAAAACAACAAUUUUCUCGUGAUCGAAAAGCAUCCAAUUGUUUAUCAGAAGUAUUAGAAAAAAAACGACAAUCAUAUGGUCAUCAAUCAUCAGGAAGAAAAUUGAAAUUUAUAAAACUUGAACUUGCUUCUCGACGAGAAUAUAUUGUUGAAGAAAAUCAACAGCCACAAGAAUUAUUAAUGCAAUUGUAUCAACAGGCUGAAUCAAUGCGUGUUAUGAUCAACACAACAAAUUAUGAUUAUAGUCAAGUUAAAUCAAAAAUGGAUGCAACAUAUUCACAUCGUAAACAACUUGUCCAAGAGAUGAAGCCUGUCAAAGAUAUUGUUGAAUUAUAUCCAGCUUUAGCAAUAACCAAUUUGUUAAUUCGUGAAAUUAAUCUUCGUUGUGAUCCAUUUGGUGGCGAUAUUGUUAAAACAUUAACAUCAGUAUGUACAAAAUUAAUUAAAUAUGUUGACCAUCCUCGGAAAGAAGAUGUUCCUGAAGAAGAACAACCAUUUUUUAUUCUGGAACAUUUGAUAAUGAAACGUUUCAAACAUUCAAAAAAAUUGUUAUUAAAUCACGAAGUAAUUGAUGCUCAUCCUAUGAUACAAGUACAAUCAAUUGACAAAGUUAAAGAUUAUGCUAUUAUUAUUGAAUAUAAUCGUCUUAUUUCAACAAAUUCACAAGUUGAAUCAAUGGCUAUUUUAAUUGGGUCAUAUGAAAUAUUUAAUAUAGAAUAUCCAUCAAAAAUACGUGCAACAUUAGAAGUUCUCAAUGGUUUAUCAUUCACAAAAAGAUCGUUUUGCGUAUCAUUAGCUGCUAAACGGUUUUUGAAUGGACAUAAAGUAAAUAACUUAUCAUCAUGA